CCAUUUCCGCAUUCAUCUCACCAUGGUCCGAGUCCGCUUUCGGAGCUCCGUCGUUCCGGUACUUGUUGUCGUUGUCUGCAGUGCUGUGAUGAUGCUUUUGGAGUCGUCCCUGAUAAUUACGGAGGUCCAUGUUGGUCAGGGUGCGGAUUAUUACUCCAAGUACGCUAAUUACUUUUUACGAAGCGCCAUUCCCAGAUUGCUGACUCGGAAUAUGCAAAUGGGGAGAGCUGAAGAGGAAGAUUUUCAAACGGGUAAUGUUAUUUAGUGGAUUUACGCGAUGAACGGACACUCUCAACUUCAAUUUCCGUGCAGAUGACCUCGAUCUUCCACCUUCAUCAAACGUCACAAGCAAAGGGAGAAGGCUGCAAGGUACGCUGACGAGGAACCUACACUCCAUGCGGAAUGUGAGCAUUGAGGACGACGAAGCAGAAAUCCGCGAGAUGCUUGAAGCUCUUCGCUCAAAGGCAGCAGCGCUCAAAGCCGCUGCGGCUGUGCGCCAGCAGAACAUCUCAACUAAUAAUGCUCCAGGAGGAGAAGACUUGGGCCAAUCGUCUGUGGUUCAGACAAAAUGAUCGAGAAUGCGGGUGCAGCAGUGCGAAGAAGCAGUUUGUGCAUAUUUCUGGGGAACAGCUGAUAUGGCAUGAUGUUGAGGAAACUCAAAUGGGGGCUUUAUGGGUCCAAGAAUUGUGUGAAGGUAGCAUGAAGUAUUCUUUGGUGGUAGGUUAAUUCCCAGGGAAAUGGUCUAGAUGGGACAUUGAGGUGGUAUGCAGAGGAAGCGUCCAACGUCACAGCAGGUUUCAAAAUGUUCAACCAAGACGUGAAAGGUAGGUUUGGAUGGUGGCAAAGCCUUCGAAGGAAACAAUGUACCGUUUACCUACUUGUAAGUCUGUACGAGAACCUUCCAAAUUAAUCCAAACGUUCCGGACUUUGCGCUGCCCUGUCCUGUCAUUCACCACCUGCUGUUCCUUCUUGCUGUGACUCGUGCUUCUCAGCGCCAUGUCUACCGCUACCAUAAUUAAUUUUUCGUGUAUACCUGCUUGUAGAUAAUCCUUACCUUAGUUCGAGUUCCUCGUUCCCCAUGUCAUCGACAGCUAGCUCGUUGUUGCGUGGCGGCAGCAGCAACAGCAGCAGCAACAACAGCCUGCAAACAUCCGACGGCAGUCCCGUGCAACUAGGCCAAAUCGACGGCUCUCGUCCGUCUCUAGCUUCCUCCAUAUCAGCGGCAUCUCCCGGCGGAGAGAUCUACAGACGCCACACGCCUCUCAGCCCGGAUCGCAACAAACCAUCCGCUUUCUCUCUCCCGCAACCCAUUCUCGACUCGUCUCCCAUUAAAUCAACCGCCUUAAAUCCCACAAACCCUUCGUCCGACCGCGUCAAUGCCUCUCUACCGCUGUUCACGUCGCGCGCAGCCAGACACGCGAGUCUGGGGGGUCAGCCGGACAUGUCGGUGCGAGCGUUACUCGCGCGGCACCAGUACCUGCUGCGAACAAUGGCGAUACUCGUGGUGUUGUGCGCGAUUUACCUGUAUUUCGCCAUCUCCAUGGACCAGGAGGGCAUGAGCUGCCAGGGGUUGAGGGGAGCGGUGCUGGCGGAGUGUAGAGAGCAGCUCAAGGCGAAACGGCUGGCGAACAGGAAGGGACGCGGAGGGGACGGUGCAGGGAUCAGCGGUUUGAAACGUUCUGGCGGGCUUAGAGAAGGGAGAGUCGGUGGGGAGGGCGGAGAGGGUGGGGAGAACGGGGAGAAAGGGAAGGGAGGGGAGGGAGGAGAUAGAGGAGGGGGUCAGAUUGGGCAUGUUAGGGCUAUCCAGACGGAGGAACAGGAGAGAUAUGCCGGCAGCUACCAAGCAGCGGGAGCAGGAGGGCGAGGGCUUUCAGAAAGGCAGGGCGACAAACGAGACGACGAGAGGGAGGAUGGUAGUAAAGAGGCGUAACGAGGAAGCAGGUCCUGUGUAGCAUGUAAUGUAGCACCAUUGUUUGCCAUUGUGACAGGUUUCUACUAUGUAUAGCAUUGUGCGCCAAAGCAUCUUCCAGCACUGUUCCUGCAGUUUAGUCUC